AUGCGUCAAACGCUACGAGGCGACUCCCAUGUCCUAGCGACGGACGACAUCGACGCCAUUCACCUCAAAACCGUCCACGAGUGCGGCAGAAAGGAGAUUCGCUGGUACGAAAACUCGAAUUCCCAGUACCUCGACUACUUUGACCCCAGAGCCCCCAACAAAUUCUUCUCGGCCGGAUCCCGCGGCGAGACCGUCGUGCCCUCGCCCGACAUCUUCUUGGCCCUCCAGGGCGAGGAGUGCCCCAAGGAAGUCACAGACCUGCCCACCACCAGCGAGUGCGCCGUCCACCUGGAGCUGCUCGAGGCCGUGUACGCCUUGCGCCGGCGCGUGAUUUCUACGCAGAACCUCGAUGACAGCUUCGGCAUCAAAGGCCCUACCCGCACCGUUUACCGCCGUACCUAUGUGGGGAACCGCAAGUACGAACACCGCCCUUUCGCUAUCAAGGACAAAACGUUUCCCGAACGCUCCCAGAAAAAGUGGACCGCGUUUCUCCACAUCGCCGUGAUGCGCUUCAUCACCUGGGCGGAGAAGGUCGAGGGCCUCAUGCAAGAGCGUGGAGGCCCUCAUGAGAAUGCCUAUCUACCCUAUCUACCUCCACUCGAUGUCCUUACCGUAUGGCAUGCGUUUCUGCUGAACCCCGGAACCUUUAGGCGGCACUGUGAAGUGAACGUCCUACCUUACCUCAAGCACGUCUCUUUCCCGUGGACUCGGAUUCACAAAGCCAUCAGUACUGUAGAGUCAAAUGCUGCCUAUAAUCUGCCAGCCCCUGCGAGAGCAUGGUUCACGGAGACUACGGGCAUGCCACCCGAUCUAUAUGAGUACAUCCAAGAGGCCGGGACCAAGGACAGCGAGGCCCCGAUCCGCCAGGCCCUUGCUAAAUUCUGCGACGACAACGCCACUGGAAUCCCCAAUAUAGGUUUCCUUAUCAAAAGGACCAAGGAGGAGGAUGACCCGGAACAACAUGCCUUUAUGACCUUGCUGCUCGCCGCCCAGAACCAGCGUAACGUCGUGAAACCUCUCGCCGACAACGUCGUGCGCCAGGGCGGUUUCGUGGACAAGAUGCACCACCAGCUCUGGCUCCGCAGCCCCGCCUUUGCCGACACCCUCAGGCGCUCGGUCGAGAGGUACGACAACUUUACCCAGCUGUUCAAGCUCAAGCCCAAGUCCACCCUGGUGCCCACCCUGGACAUGGACUUGGCGUGGCACACGCACCAGCUGUCCCACGCGCGCUACAAGGCCGCCAUGGAGGAGAUCACCGGCCGAUUCAUUGAUCACGACGACAAGAUUGGGUCUGGCACGCUGAGCGUGUGGGAGGGUUAUACCCGCAAUGAAUACGAAAUCGUUUUUGGUGAAGAGUAUUCGAGGUGUCUUUGCUGGGACUGCGAGGCGAUGCUGUCAGCCCUCGAACAGGACGAAUCGCCGUCCAUUGAGGGAGAUUGGGCCGAGGGCUUGGUGGAGAAAAUCAGGGAGGAUUUGCAGUUCUAUCGUUGUGUCGAGGUCUCACGUCGUGCUCUUCCUCCCUGGCCCGCCGACGAGGCCCUCCUCCAGCACAUCCGGGAUCGGUUCCCGGGGAUUUCCGUAUCCGCCUACGAGGUCCCCUGGCGUGAUACCGAGCCCCCGAGCAACAUACCCGCCGAGGAGCUCGAGCGGGCCACCGUCCUCGUCACCGGCUCCGUCCUGCCCUCCCGGGAGCAGGCGCCCAAUCUCGGCUACGUCCAGCUGAGCAGUGCCGGCGCGAAUCACGUGUUGAAUCAUCCUCUCUUCACCGACACCGAUAUCAUUUUUUGCACGGCCAACGGCGUCCAUGGGCCUCAGAUCUCGGAAUGGGUCAUCACAACGUUCUUGGCCUUCCAGCAUCAUAGUAAGCUUCCCCCACAAAACGAGUUUGAUGUAACUACAAUCCCUAAAUAUCUACAGUUCCAAAAUGAAGGCAAGUGGGACAGGGCAGCCUUUCCCGUUCAAGAUUCAGUCGGCCGCAGGAUACCUCCUCGUCAUCAGUCUCCCUCUCACCCCAAAACCACCCACCUCAUCGGCGCGGCCGAGUUUGCUGUUCUCGGCAAGAACAAGACCUUUGUCAGCAACAUCGGCCGGGGGCCCAUCAUCAAGACGGAUGAUUUGAUACAGGCUCUUGAGAACGACGUCAUCAGCGGCGCCGCGCUCGAUGUCACGGACCCGGAGCCCCUCCCAGAUGGCCACCCGCUCUGGAGUACGAAGAACAUCAUCAUCACCCCGCAUGUGAGCGGAAUCUCCACCAGGUACAAUGAGCGUGUCUUGGCCAUCUUGGAAUUGAACUUGGACCGUCUAGUGAAUGGCGAAGAGCUUGCCAACAGAGUCAGUAGGAGAGAUGGAUAUUAA